GAUACCUUUCGCAGCAGAUAAAGGGCUACGACAGUCAUAAUGAAUCCGUUCAAAGGUGUUUCUGGUGGACGCUGCAAGCGCAAGGCAAAGUCUACGAAGGUUGAAGUCAAGCAAGAGCCUGUCAUCAAAGAGGAGCUCAACGCUGGUGGUGACGUCAUUGCUACAUCACGGCCAGGAAUUGAUGGGACAUAUCGAGCGAAUUUUAAAGGGACUUCGGACUUUGGCUAUGAUUUUGAUCAGAUCAAAGAUGAAAUCAAAUGUGAAGAAGAAGAGACGGGCGAAGAAAAGGACUUGACACCAUGUGAUCGACCGAAUGAUAGCGCGGCCAACAAUGAUGACAGCGAUGUGCCUAUGGGUGACAUAUUCGAUGUUCAACCACCUCAACCAGUUGGCAGUGGGAAGAAACAGAAUGGAAGCUCCAAAGAGCGAAACAAACGAACGAUUUCCAGAAAUCAAGCGGCCAAAAUGCAAAAGAAGCACAAAUGCCAUGUGUGCAAUCAUUUGGCAAGUGACAAAUCUCAACUCAUAGGACACUUGCGAGCUCACACUGGAGAAAAGCCGUUUCAGUGUGAUGUAUGUUCGAAGAUAUUUUCACAAAAAAGCAAUCUGGAUCGUCAUAAGAAAACGUAUGGCCAAUUUCGUUGUUCAAAAUGUAAUCACAGAUUUGAACAAGAAUCAGAUAAGAUCGAUCAUGAAAGGCUAUGUAAUCCCUGCCAAUUUGAAUGCGAUAUUUGCGGAUAUAUAACAAAGCAAAAAUCAAGUUUGACAGUUCAUAUGCGGAUUCACACCGGGGAAAAGCCGUUCGAAUGCUCAAUUUGUUUUAAGUCGUUUACAAGCAACGCUGAUCUCCGACGUCAUUCAAUGGUGCACAUCGAUGAACUGCCGAAUGCUUGUUCGAAAUGUGGUCGAAGAUUCGUCACCCCAAAAGAUAAGCAAACGCAUGAAUCGGGUUGUCAACGUGAAUCGAUCGAAUGUGGAAUUUGCAGCAAACAAUUCGUCCGACGAAUGAAACUGAAUCAACAUUUGUUUACAGCACACAGCGACCAAUUCCCAUUCCAAUGCUUCAAGUGCUUUGGAGGAUACGCAACCGAAGAUGCAAAAGAGGUUCAUGAAGAUAGCUGUGGCCACCGUCAGUACCAAUGCCAUUUGUGCAAUGAUUAUUGUCGAGACAAAAACAAAUUGAAGAUUCACAUGCGAAGAGAUCACACCGGAGAGCGGAUUCAAUGCAGAGUGUGUGCUGCAAGUUUUUCCAACAGAAGUCAUGUCAAUCAACACAUAAAAACAGUUCACCGUUUGAAGAAGGAAUAAGUCACGCAUCCCAUAGUUUCAUUAAAACGUAGUUUAGAUUGAAAUCCAUUCCUUUAACAACAUCAAUAGUUUCAGACAGAAUUUCAUUUCAAAUUUUUUCUUAUAUUUUCUAACGUAAAAACACAUUAGAUUUGAACUCCGUUUUUUUUAUUGAAAUAACACAGAAAUAAAUUUGAAUUAAGAUAAAAAGAAAAUAGUCUUCUUCGUCACGGGGACAGUAUCAUAACUCUCAUUAUUCCUAGCAUUAUUCAAUUGUCUGAUUCGGAUCGAUCUCCGUUCAUUUUUCCGCUUCUUGCCGAGUUUUCAGAAAAUAUCAGAUUUUGGAUAAUUUCCAUCAAACAAACACGGCCACAAAAUUAUGAAUCACACGGCCGAAAAUAUUGAGCAAAAGAUACAGGACCAACCAACUGAAUUGCAAAACCAAAUCAUUUUCUAUUGUAAUUACAUGUCGCAUUAUAUGUUGAUUUCGAUCGAUUUGGAAAUUAUUUCCGUGCGUUCGAAAUUGACCAAACUAACCGCGUAUUCUUCGUUUGCAAUAGUGUGAGAGUGCGAAAGAGAGAACGAGAGUAAGAAUUUAUUCAUGUCAUAGUUUAGCACUUUUGACCAUGAACACUUUUCGCAUGCUCUGAAAUCAGAUUCACUGUCGAUGAACACGGCACUAAUACAGGCAGGAAAGUCGCAAUUAAAAUCAAACAUCAUUUUUUCUGGUUGAUAAAAAUAUCAUUGCGCUCGCAAGACAUGCACUACUCUUUGUUACGAAUAUAUUUACAUGCCGAUAUAAACUCAACAAAUGAAUUUGUUAUUGUUUGACCAACGAAUUGUUUCAAUCAUGCGUAAUUCUUCGACAGGACACAAUAUUCAGAAUAAUCCAUUUACUUCGGACAAAAGUUGAUAGAUACUAGCGAUAGAAUUUAAAGUUUUAUGGAUUGUACAGAAGCUAGGGGGUAGGAACACAAACGCUUGAGACGAAUUCGUACGAAUAUUCGUGAAUUCUUGUGAUUGUGUAUACGGGACAUUCGCAGCGCAGUGAGUGUAUAACAACAAUAACAAAGCCACGAACGCAUGAAUAUAUGCGAAUACAUACGAAUGACACAACUUGUUCCUAGCCCCUAGU